AUGGCUAUCGAAGAAGGUGAAAGCGGCCCCGAGCAUCUCAAUAGCUCUGAGUUGCUCAAGAAGAUCGACAAGCUUAGAGAGAAAAACAUUGGAAAGCAUGUUCCCCUCCCUCAGUUGGUUGUUGUUGGAGACCAGAGUUCUGGAAAAUCCUCUCUUCUGGCAAGCCUGACCAAGAUUCCGUUUCCUCGUGACUUGGAACUUUGUACUCGUUAUGCCACGCAGAUAACCUCCCGUCUUGAGGACGAUCGCUCGGUCGAAAUCUCGAUAAUCCCUGCCGGCGAUGCAUCCGGGGAGCACAGGGCGAAGGUACAGGGCUUUAAGAGGACCCUCAGAGGCACCGAAGACUUUCGCUCGGAAUUUCCAGCAAUCCUGAAGGAGGUCGACGAGUGUAUGGGCAUACGUACUGACCUUUCGUCUAAGGAAGGAUCGGUCUUCAGCAAAGACGUGCUCCGGAUCGAGCUAUGCGGACCUGAAGAGGACUACCUGACUAACUAUAUCAAAGAUGCUCGCACUGUGAUCUUGGCUGUGCUCCCGAGCAACGUCGAUCUUGCUACCCAGGAGAUCCUCAAGCUGGCCAAAGAUUAUGAUGGAAAUGGAGAGCGUACGCUUGGUGUGCUAACCAAACCCGACCUGGUGAUCGAGCAAAGCGCCAAGGCAGCUUUGUGCUCACUGGUCCUGGGACACAAGAGACCGCUGACACUUGGCUAUUACUUGGUCAGAAACCAGGGCGCAGAUCAAGACACUUCUUUCAGUGGUGAGGAAGGAGAAAGAAUGUUUGACAGCCAGCCUUGGAAUACCUUGCCGAGAGACCGUAUUGGCAUCCAGGCCCUAAGAGAACGGCUGGGAGAACUCCUGAGCGAAGUUACGGAGCGCGAAUUCCCUGAACUUCGCAAGGAUAUCAAAAACCAGAUUGAUUCGUGCCAUCAAGAUCUGGUCCGCCUGGGCCCUGCACGCCAAACUGAACAGGAACAGCGUGCGUUCUUGAGUGGUAUAGCUCGCCAGUUUCAGAGCCUCGCACGAGCUGCACGUGAUGCUCAUUAUGCAGAAAAUGAAGCAUUUGUAGAGAGUGACCUCCGGCUCAUCACUCACAUUGUCAAUUUUUCUGAUAAAUUCAGCUCAACUUUCCAGGCUAAAGCGCAUCUUUUGCCCUUCGACUGCCCUACCUCAGAUGCAGUUGACAAGAGACAACCAUACAACGACAUGAACAACAAUCCGCACGGGAAGGGCCGCCAUAAAAACUGCCCAAGGGGGAAACCCGACAUGCAUGCCCAGAUGGCAGCCGGGGAUCGCUUUUCUCUGGCUCAGCAUGUAAACGAAAGCCGUGAAAGCCUUGACCCUAACAACUUCCCUGAGUUAGAGCAGAUUGUCAGCCGCGUGGAGGGCACCCAGGAUCCCGAAGGGGAUAUCAAAGCCUGGAUUGAAAAGUUAUAUGCUGAGUCUCGAGGUCUUGAUCUCGGGACCUUUGGAAACAAUAUUCUCUGCAAUGCUUUCAAGGAGCAGACCGGCAAAUGGGAAGCCAUGACCCGCGGACACCUCUACCACAAGAUUUGGUCCAGCAUUCUCGAUGACCUUCUACAAAGAUACAAGAAUGCCAUGUCCCAGGCGAUGUUCCUUCUGUCCGUUGAGAGAAACCGCCGACCAUAUACGCUAAACAAUUACUUCAACCACUCCCUCCAGAAACUGCGCAGUGCCCGUGUUGCUCAGGCAUUAGAGGACAAUGCCAGAUAUACAAAUGAUAAUUGGUCAAACGCAGAAAUGAAGGUGGUCGAUCUGGAUGUUGUCAAGAAGUCUGCGAGCGACCAGGGGAAUGUGGAACAUAUCACAGGGGAAAUCCAUGACAUCCUGUGGUCCUACUAUCAAGUCGCACGCGAAAGAUUUGUGGAUAAUGUUCACAUGCAGGCAAUCGAGCAUUGUCUCCUGACUGGUCCUGAGAGCCCCCUCGAAGUCUUUAGCCAGGAAUGGGUCAUCAAUCUGGGGUCGGAUGAGCUGGGAGCAAUCGCCGGUGAAUCGCAAGCGAUUAAAGCGCGGCGUGCCAACCUGAAGCAAAAGAUGGAGGAUUUGAAGUCUGCUCUACAAACGUUGAAGUUUUGA